ACACAUCGCAAUCGCAGAAUGGGAGACCACGAGGAGCCGAGGCCAAGCAAGAAGGCACGGGCGUCGGCGGGCUCCGGCGGCCUGACUGUGUUCGCGCUCCGUCUGGCGAAGCAGCUCGCCAAGGGCGACAAUACUAGGGACAAGAACGUCGCCUUCUCGCCGCUGUCCGUGUACACCACGCUCGGGCUGGUGGCCGCCGGAGCCCGCGGCAAAACCCUCGACGAGCUCCUCGCCGCCCUCGGCGCCUCGUCGCCUGACGAUGUCGCCGGGUUCGUGCGCGGACUAGUGUCCGACUCGUCCGGAUCCGCAGGGCCGCUCGUCACCUACGCCUACGGCGUCUUCCACCAGGAAAACAUGAAGCUCGCCGCUGCAUACCGUGACACCGCCGCCAAGUCCUACAAGGCCGAGAUUCGCGCAGUCGACUUUGCCAAGGUAAGAGAGAGCACCCUAACCUUCUCCUCUCGUCGUUGGUCAUUGUUGCCGUAUGUUGUUCCGUACCAAAUAUCGCGUCGUGCGUCCGUGCAGGGUGAUAGGGAGAAGAUCCGGGAGGAGAUCAACAAGUGGGCGGCGGUGGCGACGAAAAAUCUCAUCUCUGAGAUCCUCCCGGCGGGGUCCCUGAACUGCUUCUCCAGGUUCGUGCUCACCAACGCCAUCUACUUCAAGGGCGUGUGGGAGAACCGCUUCCCGGAGACGCUGACCCAAAACCGCAAGUUCCACCGCCACGGCGGCGCCACCGUCGACGUCCCCUUCACGACCUUCGGGGCCGGAGACCGCAUGCUCUUCCUCUCCUACCACAAAGAGUUCAAGGUUCUGAAGCUCCCCUACAAGGCCGGCAAGGGAAAGGCCUCUGCCGCCGCCCAGGGGCAGUACUCGAUGUGCGUCUUCCUCCCUGGCAAGCGCGACGGCCUGCGUGCCAUGGUGGCCGCUCUCGCUGCCCGAGGCUCCGUGCUCGACCACGUGCCGAAGCAACUUAGCAAGGUGAGGACGGUCCUUCUGCCCAAGUUCAAGCUCUCCUUCUUCUGCAGCCUCGCCAAAGUCCUUCAAGGCCUGGGGCUGGUGGAGGCGUUCAGCAAGGAGGCCGACCUGUCCGGGCUGGUGGAGAAGAGCACCUGCGACGUGCGCCUGGACGAGGUGUUCCACAAGGCGGUCGUGGAGGUGAACGAGGAAGGCACCAAGGCGGCAGCCUGCACCGCAGUCAUUAGCCACAAGAAGCAAUGCGCCAGGAAGGUGACCUGCCCGCUGGAGUUCAUCGCCGACCACCCGUUCGCGUUUUACAUUGUGGAGGAGGUCUCUGGGGCCGUGGUCUUCGCCGGUCAUGUGCUUGACCCUUCUAGCUCACACUAGUAAUACGGGUUUCUUAUAAAAAUAAAAAAUAAUGUAAUUCGAGCGCAUGGCUAAUUAAUUAGUGGAUCUCAUAACUGAAGAAUACUUUCUGAUACAUUCGAAAUACUC